AUGAAAGCUCGCGAGGUGGUCUUUGUCGACGGUCUCUCCUGGACCAAAGCGGACAAGAAAAUCCAGAUAUCCAAGGUCAGAACUCAUGCGAGGAUCAUCGGGCUUAGGAAACGUGAAUUGCAAGGGCAGGCGAGCUCUGGGAAGAAAUGCAUUCGCCAGCCGCGGAAAACGGCAUCCAUUUCCUCUGUUGCCCACGAACAUCCGUCGCGUCCGUUAGCUUCCGCCACACAGGCACAACCACAAGGCUCGAACCCCAAGGUCCCCAGGAAUCCAUCUCUCGUUGUUGGGGAAUUGCACACAAGACCCUUAGAGGACCGAUCCGGCAGUACGUCCACACGACCUAAUAAAGUUUUCGAUAUCAGCCAGAGCCCACGGCAGAUCAGCACCGUCGUGUUGGAUCCAGAUCCGUAUUUGCGGGGAUAUCGAAAAGACCCCUUCAGUGUAAUUCCCGACAACUCAUGCCUGGAUGCCUUGGAUUUUUAUACUCAGAUUUAUGUCCCAAACAACGCCCCGCUCUAUGAGGUCUUCAACGUUACCAACAUCUACGACCGAUUCGCCCUUUUACCGCUGCAGCAUGGUUUGUCUCUGCAUGCAGGAUUGUGCAAUUUAGUCCACGAAUUCGAAUUCUUUUUGGAUCCGGCCGCAAAGCCAUCCCGGCGAGUAUACACUUAUUUAGGGACGGCAUUAGCAAAUUUGAGACGAGAGAUCGAAAUCAAUGGGAAUCUUCCCAAUGACAUCUCCACAAUUACCGUAAUGAACCUUGCCCUUGGCGCACUUAUGGUGGGUGAUCAAGAAGCACAUGAGUUGCACAAGAAACACCUGCGUCUGAUGAUCCAGGCCAAAGGAGGUAUCGAUCAACUUGGCCACGGAGGGUUGGAAAAGUGCAUGAUGCUUCAGUGGGAGGGCAACUGGUGCUGGAUAGCUGGUCGAGGUCCAACGAUAUUUUCUGGGGCUCGAAUAAAUCCAAAUGCAGGACGACGGCUCCAACUCCCUUUGGACGGCAGCAUACGCGGUCUCGUCAGCCAGCUGCCAGGUGGCUUCCAAAGCCUCGCGAAAACAGGCGUGCUAAGUAUCCCGACACUCGAAGCCUUGCUGCAUGCGACAGAGGAGCUUGAACGGAGGAAAGACAAGCAGUCGGGUACGAGAAAGAAUAAAACUCUGCAAUAUAGGAGGCGUCGCUACGACGACCUUUUGCAAGCGUGCCCCUGUCUCGGAGAUUCUGACGAAAACCCCACUUUGGAAAAGCUCAUCGUUUUGGCUCUCGUUCUUUACUGCUUCGCAAACUUUUGCACACAGCGUCUUCCCACAACACAUUUCACAUCUAUAUCCGUUCGGGCUACCAGUAAUUUGAAGAGGACUUCCAGAAUAGCCACGGAAAUAGAAAAGCAAGCUCUGGUCUGGGUGUUCAUGGUGGUAAUCGAUUCUUGGAGAUCGAGAGAUGGACAGAUGAGAUCGGAGGGCGUAGAUCUGCUAAGGCUCUUCAAGCGGAGAUUUACAAUAAUGAAGAGCUGGAACGAUGUAGCCGACCUAUUGACAAGAUUCUUGUGGAGUGAAGACAUGGAAAGGUUCGUUGGCCGGUCGUGGCCUGAAGCCUGA